AGCUUCUGUUAAGGAACUAGUGUUUUGUAUGCAAUCAUUAUUAAUCGCUUAAAGCUUCUAUAGUCCAAAUGCACAAUCUCAAUCAAUUCAAUCAUCACAGAAAUAAAGAAGUAACAGAAUAUGUCUGAAGUCCUGUACUGCUUGUUGGAUGUAAUUCAAGGUUUUGAGAUGGGAUUCUUGGAAUACUAUGUGUGAGACAACGGGGAUCAUAUUGGAUAAUGGCUUGUCAAGGAAAUAAAUAUCUUUGGGUAGUCCUUACAUACAUGACGGUUUACCAACAAGUAUAUGUGACACAUGGAAGUGUAAAUUUUAUUCUUAGACAGCCCAAUGUUACAGUAUCAAAUUUUGGCUUCAACUCUGUCAAUAUUUCCUGGGAAGCAGAAGAAAUUGCAGAAAGGGGAGAUUUUAGUGUUUGCUAUAAGUUAUCCUAUCGAUUUCUGGAUAAAGAAAAAUGGCUAGUAUUGACAACAAAGUAUCACACUCUAAAACUACGCAUGCAUUCUAGACUGGUGGGGUCAGUAUCAAAUGCACUUUGUGAUUCCCCCGACAUAAAAUAUCAAAGCAAGCCUGCAGAAUUUAUUUACAAUGCCCCACAGGUUUACAUCACCAAUGUGUCAUGUACAUUAUUCAACAUAACCAGUCUGAAUUGUUCCUGGACCUUUGGAACAGAAGCCCCUGAUGACCUCAACUACUCACUUGCUUUGAGGUUAAACGCUAAAUGGUUUUCUUGCCCACACUACUUGAAAGGACAGAAAAAUAAUGUUGGCUGUUAUAUGAAAGAUGUUUUCUCAGGCUGUACAGACACAUCUCUGAAUAAGAUAAGGAUCGGGUUUUUUUGUGGCUCAUAUAAUUUCUCAAAAACAUUCAGGCCUGAAGCUGUAGAAAUACUUACCCCACCAAGAAAUAUUCAAGUGUUAUCUGAAAAUGGGAAAAUUAUUAUAAAAUGGCUUCCACCCCCAAGUAUCGUGAUUAGUGGCCUUGAAGAGGGAAUGACGUCUACAUAUGAUGAUGAGGAAGAGGGUAAUUUUCUGUAUGAAAUAAAAUUAAUAGAGGACAAGUCAAAGGUAAUAUUCAGGCAAUAUUACACUGAAAAAGAAGAACAAAUAUUUACUGAUCUGGUAAAGAACAAAAAAUGUUAUGUGCAAAUAAGGGCUCGGCACAGGCAGGAAUUCUGCAAAUUAUGGGGAGAAUGGAGUGUACCAGUAUUUAUAAGUAAAGAUAAUACCGUCUUUCCAGAAUGGAUUUUUUUUGUGAUUGUACCCGCUUUCUUUGCUGCUAUUGCUUUCUUCUUAUGUAAAAGAUAUAUGAAAAUACUGCUUCUUAAACCAAUUCCGCAUCCAUCUCAAAAUAUUAAAAACUGGUUGUAUAUGAAUGGAGAAAAUGAUUUAAGAACACAGGCAAAUGUCACUGCGCAAAAUGAACAGUUUGUACCCCUUACUGAAAUAGAGAUUGUAGCAACUACUAAAGACUGCGAUGAAAAACCUUAAUAUAAAUAAACUUUUGUAUAACAUGCCUCAAAAAUGUCAUGGUGAAUCUUGAAAUGUUCACUUUUGUGUUCCACACGAAUCAAUAGCAUACAGACAUACUGUACACAUAACAAACAUCGUAAAGAGUAAUAGAUAAAUACUAUAUGUAGAUAUUCAUUGUGGCGAGAGACUAUCACAACCAAACAAUCUAAUUCAAUAUAGAAGGGCAAUCAAGAACAUAUAAAGCGGUCCCUCAAGUUACAAUAUUAAUUAGCUCUUGGACAAACAUUGCAAGUUGAAAUCAUUGUGACUUGUGACCAUAGGAAAGCUAAGGCAGUGCUCCAGAAUAAGGUACUUGUAAAUUGUUUCUUGUUGUAUAAUGUUAUGUAAUGUAUUGUAUACCCAGUAUAUCUUUGUGUGGAUCGGUCAGGGUUAACCAUCUUGUAGGAAGCUAAGUGAUGUACUUAGGUCCGCCUCUAGUUCAGUCUAGAGUUAACUGAGGAAUUGAGAGAAGCAACAUGUGCUCGCUCCUUAGAGGUCUAGUCCAACAUCCUGUCUCUGAGAAACCCACAGAGUGAAACCACCUCUACUUCACGGUACUCCAGAGAGAGAAAAGGUCGAACUAGAAGAUCUAGAGUUUGUAACGCCAAGCAUUGGAGUCAGCGAGUAAGGUAUUUUCUGUUUAAGGCUGAUAAAGACUUUACUACAAUGAAAGUGACAUUGAUAAUAAUACACCAUUCCAUGCUUUGACAUAAUCCUGGCCGGCCGUAUGUUAAUCCUGUAUCCCUCAGCUGGGAAUUACAGACAAGUUGGCAAGAACCUUAUUGCCAGCCUUAGAUUCUACAGAAGGAGACUUUGGAAAGAAAGAGAAGGAGUACUACAAUCCCCAACCUUGCUUAUAGCCAUACAUGGUUAUCUGGGAAGGUUUGCACUAUUAAUUGUUUGUUUUGUUGCCGUUGGGUGUACUAGGAUUUUCCUUCUGCACUUUAUUAAAGAGAUGUUUGUUUGUUUUUUUACAAUCGACCUGGUUACUGACUCUAGCAUCAUUUGCUGACCACAGGAACCUACAUCUUCUGCCUUGCACUCAUACAACACUCAUAACAACAAGGACCUCAACAUCAGGGUGUACCCUGAGGGAAGAAAGGAUGUGUCCUCCCGUCUCUGCCCAGCCUUAGGGAGAAUCAAUGUGAGGAUUAUCACUGUGAAUAACUGUUGCAGCCAGAGCUCCUACCACUCUCAUUCUCUGGUCUUCAUGGGCAUGCAAGACUAGUCAUAUUUUCUAAGGUGCUGAAACUAAAACCAGUUUAUUUUAGAUUAAUUAAUUUUAAGUCCCAGCAUUUUAUAGAACAGGAUGAGCUGAAUAUGGUAGAUUGAUUUAUAAUUUUGUCAGGAAAAAAAAUUCUGUAAAACUUGUGACUUAUUUAUUUAAAUCUCCUCUUUCUAGGUUUGGAAGUCAAAUGUGCAGCUCUAUCAGUGAUUGACAGGUAUUAGUGUAUAUAAACAUAUACAGGGAAGACUGUCAAUCACUAAUAGGACCACCUACAUGACCCAUAAGGGCAGAAUGACAAGAAAUGUAAAUGAAUAAAUAAUUUUUUUCUACAAAACUGUAUUGAUCUGCUCAGCUACUCCUGCGCUAUAACAUGCUGCCUUCAGAUUGUACUGCAUUGGUUCGCUUUAAAAUUGCUAAGAUCCCAAGGACAGGAGGAGGUCAGGUGUACAGACGUUGGGGCAGGUUAUGGUUUUACCUAGAAAUUGCAGAUUUAUGGAAGAAAGUUACUGAUUUGUUAUCUAAAGUAGUUUGGCUUCCUGCCCAUUCUUUCCUAGAGAAGAGUCAAAUAAAGGAAAAAAUGGAGUAAGGGCUGAGAGAGGGAAUGAAAGGGGUGGAUGGGAAAGGAGGUUAAGGAAAGGAAGAAGCGCCAAGGGACACAGGGAUUUGGAUUAUCCUGGGGAAAUGAAACUGGUGGAAAUGUAGUAGUGGUCAGUAGGUUGCACCAGCAGUAAUCAAUUCAACCAAGGUCAUGGGUGAACUGCAUUAGAUCAUGAGAAAAGGAAAAAGAAAGACUAAACCGAAAUGCAGAGGGGUGUGGUGGGGCGCAACAAAACUGGCCAGAGAUAUAGAAGAUAGCCAAUGUUGUCAAUAGCUAUAUCAUAAUAAGUUUAUUUUGAUAUAGCUAUUGACAACAUUGGCUAUCUUCUAUAUCUCUGGAGAGUUUUGUGGCACCCCAACCACACCCAUCUACAUUUCGGUGUAGUCUUAGAGAAGAGGAUUGGAUAAAGCUGUUUAUAAAAGCAGAGAAUGCUAAAAUAAACUUCAGAGUAUUGUAUGUCAUUUUAUUAUGUUUGAUUGAUGUUUGCAACAUAUAAAUAGUGCUACAUAGUUUUACUGAAGAAACUUUUACCU